AGGACGAGCGGCGGGGAGGAGCGUGCCGCCGACCAAUCGCCGCCCGCGAGUAGCGCGCUCGUCCAAUGGACGGCGCGGUGGGCGGGGCCUGGCGGCGGGGUCAGGCCGGGAGUGGAGGCCCUUCGCUGCUCCUUUCUCUCUCUCCCUUUCCCUCCGCUCCGCUGCCGGCCCGGGCCUGCUCACCGCGGGAUCCCUCCGCCGCGGCCCGGCGGGGCGUGUGCGUGCUGCGGCCCCCGCGGUGCACCUCCGCCCGCUCGCCGCUUACCGGCCGGGGACUACUUCCCGCGGCCGCCUCGCUGCGGGACGGGGCCGGGCCCGGCCGGGGGAUGGCGGCGAGCGGCUGAGGCCGGCGGCCGCCCCGCCAGGGACCGGGAGCAGGCGGCGGAGCCCCGCUCCGGGCCCUGCCAGCCGGGAACCCCGCGGCCAGGCCGCGCGGCGGCGGCCUCGGGGGGGGGGCCCGGCCCGGCCCGGCCCUGCCCGCCGCCGGGGGCUGCCCCUCACCGCCGGGCCCCCUGGGCCCCCCUCGGCGAGGAGGGGGCCGGGCGGGGGCUGCGGGCCUGCGGGUUCCCCUCGGGGCUCUGCCCGCGGCCCCCCGGGCGAGCUCGGUGCGGGCCGGGGGCCGUCGGAGCACGAUGGUGGAGAAGCGGUGCCCGCGGCUGCAGCGGGACGGGGUGUACCGGUGGUUCUCGGAGCUGCCGUCGCCUCAGCGCGUGGAGUUUCUCUGCGGCCUCCUGGACCUGUGCAUCCCCCUGGAGCUGCGCUUCCUGGGGGCCUGCCUGGAGGACCUGGCCCGCAAGGACUACCACUCGCUGCGCGACUCGGAGAUCAAGGCCAACAACCCCGCCGACCUGGGCAGCCUGACCAACCUGACGGACGAGGUGGUGCGCAGCAAACUUCUCGUGUCGCUCGCCCUGCUGGGCUCUGCCCACCGCGAGGCGGCCGGGGUGCUGUUCCGCACCCUCACGCACAUCGACUCGGUCAUCAACAACUAUGGGCUGCAGCUCAACGAGGGCCGCACGGGGGACGAGUUCCUGUUGCUCUUCACCAUGGCAUCCAACCACCCGGCCUUCAGCUUCCACCAGAAGCAGGUGCUGAGGCAGGAGCUCACCCAAAUCCAGAACAUCAUGGCCAGCACCAGCAAGAACCCCAGCACCUCUACCCUCAACACCAUGGCAACCUACCCUGGCUGCCACAAGGUCACUCCAAGGUCCGAGACCCCCAUAAACAGUGUCAGUAACAGUUUGGAAAACGUCCUACAUACAUCAACACAUUCCAUUGAGGAGUCAUUACCCAAGAGGCCUUCAGGGAAACACUCCAAAGUGAGUGUUGAAAAAGUGGAGCUAAAGGGACUGGCACACAAGAAGAAUGAGAGAAAUGUUGAAUAUUCCUUUGAGGUCCUGUGGUCUGAUUCUUCAGUGACGUUGGUAACCAAAUCAUCCACUGAAGUGACUGAAUUUAUUUCAAAGCUGUCUCAGCUAUAUCCAGAUGAAAACUUGGAGAAAUUCAUUCCUUGCCUAGCUGGUCCAGAUUCAUUUUACCUAGAACGAAACCACAUGGACCUGGAAUCGGACCUUAGGUAUUUGGCACCAUUACCUUCCCAUGUGGUGAAAAACGACCACGUUAGAAAGUUUUUCAGCACUUCAUCUCCUUCACAGCAACUUCAGAGUUCAAAUCCUGGCAACCCCUCCCUUUAUAAAGUAGGAACUACGCUGGGAACAUCCGGAAGACCUGUAUGUGGAGUGGCUGGCAUUCAGUCUUCUCAGAAUCAUGUCCAGCACCCAGCUGCUGCCCCUGUUGCACUACCCCACUGUUCCCAUUCAGGAGGUACUGGCUCAUCACUGGCCUAUCGCAACCAGAUGGACUCCUCUUCACCCAUGUUAAUGUCUUCCAGUCCACAGACCCCUCAGACACAGGAACAAAACGGGAUCUUAGACUGGCUCAGGAAACUGCGGUUGCACAAAUACUAUCCUGUCUUCAAACAGCUCACAAUGGAAAAGUUUCUGAGUCUUACUGAGGAAGAUCUGAAUAAGUUUGAAUCGCUCACUAUGGGAGCAAAGAAGAAGCUCAAGACCCAGCUAGAGUUGGAAAAAGAAAAAUCGGAGAAGCGGUGCCUAAACCCCACAACACCUUCUUCAGUUACCAGCAGCGGUGUGGCGAGGGUUCCCCCUACAACGCACGUAGGGCCUAUCCAGAGUAUUCGUGGCAACCAUGCUGCAGAGCUGCGGGUGGACGUGGAUCAGCCAGCCCACCCGCUGCCCCGGGAAGGCAGCUCGUCCGAAUACUCCAGCUCUUCUUCCAGCCCCAUGGGGAUCCAGACAAGGGAAGAGAGCUCAGACAGCGCCGAGGAGAACGAGAGACGUUUAGAGAUUCACUUAGAUGGUUCAGAAAAGGAGAAGCCCGUCAUGUUACUGAAUCAUUUCACUUCGAGUUCGGCCAGACCCACUGCUCAGGUCUUACCAGUGCAAAAUGAUGCAGGCUCCAAUCCGUCCGGUCACCAUCCUCUGCCAAUGCAAAUGAUGUCAGCGGCCUCUUCUCAUAUCACCCCCAUUCGGAUGCUGAAUUCAGUGCAUAAAUCAGAGCGUGGCAAUGCAGACAUGAAGCUGCUUUCAUCGUCUAUGCAUUCACUUUUAUCUUUAGAAGAAAGGAAUAAAGUCUCUCCUGGACCGAGAGGCAGCAUAAAAAUGGAAAAGAGCUUUGGGAAUACAGUAGUGGAUGUAAUGGCUGCGUCUUCUCCCCAUCAGCCCUUGCAAGUGCUUUCCGGGGCUGCUGAGAACAGCUCACCCACGUCUACCAUUAACUUCGGUCCUCGAACCAAAGUCGUACACGCUUCGACUCUGGACAGAGUGAUAAAAACAGCUCAGCAGCCAGGAUUAAUAGUAGAAACGAGUACUGCUGCCACGGUAACAUCCAGCACAGUCUUCCACGUGGCUCGUCCACCCAUCAAACUCCUGGUGUCUUCUUCUGUUCCUACCGAUUCUGCCAUUGCCGGACAGACUUCCUGCUCCAGUAAUAUGCAAAUAACGGUGUCCCCUGCAAUAAUAAAUCCCCGGACUGCUCUGUACACAGCCAACACCAAAGUUGCCUUUUCUGCAAUGAGCAGCGUGCCAGUGGCGCCGAUGCAAGGCAGCUUCUGCGCAAACAGCAACGCGGCCUCGUCCAGCAGCCACCCCUCCACGUCAUUUGCAACCAUGGCCAAUUUGCCCAGCUGCCCUGCGCCCAGCUCCAGCCCCACGCUCUCGUCUGUUGCCGAGAACAACUUCUACAGCAGCAGCAGCAGCAGCAGCAGUAGCAGCAGCAGCAGCAGCAGCGGAUCUGCAGGGAGCAUCCCGGUACCAAACCAGAACCACCACCACCAUCACCACCAGCAGCAGCAGCCGCAGCCGCCGGGGUGCAUGGUGUGCAGCUCCUGCGGGUGCAGCGGGAACUGCGGUUCGAGCGGCAUGACCGUCAGCUACGCUAACUAUUUUCAGCACCCGUUUUCGGGCCCUUCCAUGUUUACUUUCCCAUUUCUGCCCUUCAACCCUUUGUGUAGUAACGGCUACAUCAACACGCAGCAGUACAACAGCAGCACGACCUUCCCCGUGGUGCACACCGCGUACAACAGCGGGAUAGCGCCGGACUCCGUGAUGACCGGGCAGUCGACGUUUGCGGUACCGCCGAUGCAGAACUUUAUGGCAGGGACGGCAGGGGUCUAUCAGGCACAGGGAAUGAUGGGGAACAGCAACGGUUCCAGUCACAAAAAAAAUGGGAAUCUCUCCUGUUACAACUGUGGGGCCAGCGGGCACAGAGCUCAGGACUGCAAACAGCCUCCGAUGGACUUCAAUCGACAAGGUACUUUUAGGCUGAAAUACGCUCCUCCCUCUGAAAGCCUGGACUCCACAGACUGACAUUUUAUCUGGCAAGAAAAUACUGUAAGCCAUGGAGAUAUAAGGAGACUGAAACACAAAACUGAGACGUCCAGUUGCUGUUAAGCUUAAUGUAUUUUUUAAUCCAAAGGUGCUUUACUUUAUUAGACUAGGUAGAAAAUCUAGCUUAGGGGUGCAUCGAACCCAUAUUUGAUUGCCAAAUUCAUGCUUGGAUCUUGCUGUUGGAACUUCUGACUACGUGUCAUAGGACCGAUGCGUACUGGAUGGAUGGUGGAGCUGGCCAGCUGCAUUUUCUGUUGCAAGUACAACAACCUAUGUACUUUUUUUGCUGGAGAAUGUUGCCAUACGUGGACUUUCUGAGGUGAAACGUCAAACUCCAGGGCAGCUACAUUCUGAAGUGGAAGCUGGAGGCGGAAGGUAGGAGUGGCCGUUCGCCAGAAGGACUUUGGCACCCCUGGGCUAGGUAAAAUGUCUACUUUUUUUCAAAAGUGAUCAGGCACUAAUCUCUGGGAUUUUUAAGGAUUGCACUACAGAAGAAUGUAAAACUCUUCAAGCUUUCUGCACUUUUAGCAGACAGUGUCACUCUGAGACCAGUGCAAGAGGCAAAGAAGUUCCAACUUUUAAAAAUUGGCACCAGCAGGCUAUGUGGCUUAAACUACACAAUACAAAUCUUAAGUAAGUCUCUCCUUCCCCUUCCAAAAGAACACACGCAGCAGUUUGGGUUCCUUCUGGAAACAAACUUGUACUUCAUUGUCUCACUUAUUGCUAGGUAGUGCUGGGUUCCCAGCAGUGGAAUAAGCUUAGUUUCCAAGGGUCCAAGUCCCAGAGACUCCAGAGUCAUAAAGGCUUCAAGGAUAUUUUCCUGUAAUACACAAAACAACCUUUACGUCCUGUUACUGUAUAUAGGUCUCUUUCACAGAAACCUUAUUAUUCUGCUUUUGUAAAUGAAUUUUAAACCAUCCUAAAAAAAAAAAAAGGAACUCUGGCAGCAGAGUUUGUAAGCUUUUGCUUUACUUUAUAUAAAACAAAACCUUUGACUCCUACCCCGAGGCUUUUGCUACAGGAUUCAGAAGUGGUAGAAGUCAAACAUGUAAAAGGUAGUAAACUUCAUUAUUAUCAAGACUUUGAAGGAUUUAUUGUCAGCCUCCUUCGUUGCAAUAGAUUGUAGAUGACUAGCUUUGGUGUUAACUACUUAGCGUACAUAAUUUGUGGGUGACAAAUCUAAAUUAGGACUUGAGAGGAAGCCAAACAAAUCCUGAACUGCUAAUUUGAAACAGUUUGGUCCUGUCGUGUUGAAAGGAGAUACUAAUCCUCGUGGCUCACCCGAGGAAUUUGACACCAUUAAAUGGGUGAGGCCUUCUCUUGAAAAUGUCUGACAUAGAGAUAUUUGCAUACUGUAAUUUGGAAGACACCUUUAAAGUCUGAAGCCUUGUUUACACUUGGAGGUAUUCCUUACACCAGUUCACACCAGGAUGAGUAGUAUCCGUGGUGGGGCAGGUGACUUUCGCUGGAAAGCGAGGGAAGCCCUGUCCGUGCAGAGCUGCUCAGAGACCGGCCCUUAGCGAGGAACCAGCCGUGUGAGGGGGCUGACAGUCGAGACUUUCCUGGAGCACGUGAAUAGGGAGGAUGUUCCGGGCCACCCCCAGUCCUGCUUUCUGAGCGAGGACCGAGGAGGUGAGCAAUGCCAGCGGGGCCAGAGUGAGAAAUGAGCAUCCCCAGAGAGGCGCCGCGAGGUGGGAUGGCAAAAACCCAAGCUCAGCGCAGGCAGCUGCCUGCAGCUCGCACCGCUUUUGGCUUCACGGAAACCAAAGUCUCAAUUUGCAUAACGUUUGGUUUAAAAAAAAUAUAUAUUUCUUAUUCCUAUGCAAUGAAAACGAACCAGAUUUGUGUGUUCUCAGCCCAGCUCACACUACACGCAGUGCUGCACACACCACUGGGAUGCUUCUGUUGGCUCUGCCUGCUUUUCGAGGUUACCUGCAUUGUAACGAGCAACCUUCAGACCUACAACACUAAAGUGAUGAAAACUGACAAUGCAAUUUACUUUGCCUUAAUGAGCUUGAGACAAUGGUAGGAACAAUCUGUCAUACUGCAUUACGCUGAGGGAAACGUGCAGUUUUCACUGACAAUGUUUACUAUUUACAGCUUUGAGGGUCUCUCCAGUGGCCUGGAACAUGUGCUGAAAGCCAAACCUUAACAUUUUUUUCACUUUUUUUAAAACAAUAUUUUAAAACUGAAUUGUAUUUAAAUAAUCUGUGUUUCAACACACAUGCAAGUGUUAAAAACCCUCUCGAAACAGCAAAAAUCAACAGCAAAAAAAAAAAAUUCUGUACCAGUUGCAUUUUAAUGCCCAAGGCUGGGAACAUAGUCUUGUCUAAUACUCUUCACAGAGUUGAAACCAUAACAAAAGGACUAUAAAACUGAACUUCUAUCCAGCAAACUGUUUCAUUCCUAUCUUCAGAGCUUUCUUUGGGAUUGUUUCCUUUGUGUAAAGUUAAGGCUGAUGUUUCUUAAAGUGCUUACGUGUACUUUUAGGUAACGUUCUUAAAUGGUGAAGUCUGAUUUUAGAGUACGUUCAAAUUCAGAAGUCUUGAGUACCUUAAAGCAACGUGAGUGUAAUAGAGAAAUGUUAGACGAGCCAGCACCAGUUAACGAGCCUUCCCUAAAUCACAGCGAGUUGCGGCUUCUGAUCUGCCAGCAAACGCUGUCCGCUUUGUACCAAGAACAACCAAAGUUGGUAAGUCUGAACAGAGCACUUUAGUUCCAUAAAAUAAUCCUUAAUCUGUUUUUAAGAGGCCCAAAUCCAUCUCCCCACCCCAUGCCCCGAAAAGUACGGCAGCUCAUUUUAGAGUAGUAGUUCCAGCUUCACUGGCUCAAAGAAUCCAGUUCUUAAAACCUAUUUUUGUAUAUUGAAAGAUGGAGAUUUCAAAGUAUGCUAUUUAUUCCUAUCUUUGUCCUGAAAGUAUAAAAAGAAUUAGUUCUCAAAAUGGAUUUCACUGUGGAAUAGAAAUGAUUUUAAGCGUAAGGCGGAAGGGAAUCCCGAGUCCUCUCCCUGCAGGGGCACGGAGAAGUUGGUGAUGAGCCUUCCCUCCGGGGGAGCGAGGGACUUGCCGUGCGUUUUCAGAUGUGUUUUCCUCUGGGGAGUGUUGGUGGUGGAAAGAAUAGAAAUAGAAUGGAAUUUCCAGCAUACUCCUUGCACUGGCAGUCUCCGAGUUAAGCAUUAAUAAAUAUGUCAUGUCCAAUGCCGAACAGUAGGAGAGUGAAGGAGGAAGACUCAUUUUAGCAAGCAAGGUAUGGAUCAUAUUUUCCGUAACAUUUGUACUUCAAACAACACGUCACGCUUCACUUUUUGUGAAACAUUUUCAAUGGUCUGCAUACCAGGGUCAUUAAAUCUUAGCAAAUUAAGUGGCAGAUGUCCAGUAGCGGUCUAACACUAGAGCUUUACCAUUACCCCAAAUUCAGUUUCAUGCUAUUUCUCGCUGGCAAGCUUCAGGGGCAAGGUACUCAAAAAAAAAAAAAAACAACCUGUAGUCAGUGGUAUUUGGCAUAGCAACACCCCUUCCCAAAAUGAAAAUGACAUCACCCAGAACCCCUGCCCGUGGGUUAGCUGGCUAUUUUUAGUGUCAUCAGAUCCAAAGAAAGUUUAUUGGCGGUCACGGACGCUCAGAGCUGUGGAUUUGCGAUAGCCCAGAAGGCCUGUCGAGUGCGAUGGAUGCAGGCAGAUCUGGACCGAAGCCGAUCUAACGGGGCACUGGCAAGAGUCGAGAAACUUUUGCUGGCUGAGGCCACGGUAACCCCAACCACCCCCCGCCCCCUCAAUCUGUUGCGAUAAACCCUUGGAACUACCUGUUUGCUCUCUUAAAUUCUCCUGACAUAAGCAAGAAACGUGUUGGUACCGAUGCAGAAAGCAAAUCCUGUGUGUUUUCAAGUGCAGAUUAACAGCUUCUCUUGGACAUAACUUUCCACUAGGAAUGAAGGAAACUCCUGCUCCCAUUUGAGCCAUUUCUUUUACUUUGGUCAAUUCUAGUAUUACAAAUUGUGCAUGUAACUUUAUAAAUAUUUUAAAUAGUUUUGUAAAUAUUUAAUAUUCAGCUAAUUUGAUUUUGAAUUGUAAAUGUCAAGUAUUCUGGUAUUGGGAUUUUUAUGUUUUAUUAUACUUUGUUAAAAGUAAAAUUGUACAUUUUUAGAAUGUUUUUAUCUGAGUAAAUUUAAUGUAUGGAAAAUAAAGAGUUAAACAGAAUCCCUCCUUUUUUUUUUUUUUUUCUCCUUUAAAUGGGCUCCAUCUCUUUGGGGGCUCCUCCAGCUUGGCAGUUACCAGGGUCUUUUUUUAUUCCAUUAACUUCUGCUGUCUCUCCACCCCCAGACAUCUGGCUGUGAAUCAUAAAUCCAUUACAGCGCUCGUAAUCGCUCUCCUCGAGUUGAUGCAGCUCCCGGCUGAGCCAGGGCAGCCAAGAUCCUUGGAACCAUUUGCAGAGAUGAGGGAGGUGGGGAAGAGCAGAAACAGAUGCUGGGGGGGGGGUAUGGAAACGCCCCCAUGCAGCCUCUCCCCCUUCCCUAACUGCUUUAUGGGGUCAUCCCACCUGCAAUGCCUCCUUCCAGAGGGUGCAAACUCCCAGGGUUGUUACUGAUGAUCUUUAUUAAAAGGCUUCAGGAUGAGUGUGAGCGUUGUCAGCAGGACAUGGAGUGAGCCCUGUGCAUCUGAAAUGGGCAGAAUUAGACCCCUGCCCUUCCCAGCAGGCAGAUUCGAGAAAGGUGACUACAAAAAAACCACGCAAGCCAUAAUUAAGUUGGGAUGUAAUCCAUCCGUAUCAGCACUGUAUUAAUUUUAAAAAAGCAACAUUUGUACAGGAAUAUCAGUCAAUCACGUUGUAAUUACAAGUAUGGUUUGUCAGUUAUGAGUUAAACAAUUCCUUACACAAACAAAAACUAAACAUAGAACAAGCUGCAUUUAAAAGUUUACGCCGGAAUAAAAACACAAAGAACGUUAAAAAAUUUGAAGUAAGCAUCGUGAACAAGAUUCAUGCAAAGAGG